AUGUCAAGUGGAGGCGCUUAUGGAGCUGGAAAAGCUGGAGUGUCGUUUGACCCUCUAGUCUUUUUCCAAAGACCGCAAGUGAUCAUUCGUAUCAUAAGUUGGUUAUUUGCCAUUGUAGUGUUUGGCUGUAUAUCAUCUGGUGGUUGGUUUAGUGAGCAAUGCCAGUUUAAUGAUGAUGCGAAUGCGUGUCGUUUUGGAUCAGCCAUUGGGGUCUUAGCCUUUCUUGGUUGCAUCCUUUUUCUUAUUAUUGAUGCGAUUUUUGACAACAUCAGCAGUGUACAACAUCGCAAAUAUGCUGUCCUUGGAGAUCUUGGUUUCUCAGGAGGCUGGACAUUUAUGUGGUUUGUGUGUUUCUGCUACUUGGCUGACUCUUGGAGAAAAACCAAACAGAUAGGACCUAAAAACCAUGGCAAAGAUGACAUCCAAGCUGCUAUUGCAUUUUCUUUUUUCUCUAUUCUAAGUUUUGGUGUGCUCACUUUUCUUGCUGUUCAGAAGUACCGCAUGGGAGCCUCGGAUGCUUUCACAACUGGUUAUGAGCCAGAGCCAAAUGCCUCGUCCCCUUACUCUUCUUUCCCAGGUAGUGAAACUGGUGACCCUUAUCAGCAGCCACCAUUCAGCACCCAGAAAGAAGCUCCAGAUUUCCAAGCCCCUACCUACUAA